ACCGCGAGAUGUCCCGGCUGGGCUGGUUCUGUCUGCUGGGCUCCAAUCUGCACAUCCGUCUAGAGGAACACACUGCAGACCAGAUCAUAGACCUGCAGAAACUGCUGGAGCUCUCAAUCCAUCCGGAGAGUGAUGUUCUGGUUCUUGUGGAGCGGGGCAGGACGCUGUAUAUCGAGGGCGAGAGGAAGCUGGAUUUCCAGGGCUGGGCGACGGCCAUCCAGAGGGCUGCUGGGAGUUCUGGAGACACACUGAGCCAGCAGCAGCUGACGGAGGCAGAUAUCCCCGUCAUCGUGGAGCGCUGCAUUCAUUUCAUCACACAAUACGGUCUGACAUCAGAGGGCAUCUACCGUAAGAGUGGUGUGAACAGUAAGAUCGCCGCUCUGCUGGAGGAGCUGCGCAGAGACGCGCGGUGUGUGUGGCUGAAGGAGGGAGAGCAUCAGGUGGAUGACGUCUCCAACGUCCUCAAGCGCUUCUUCAGGGACGUGCAGGAGGGUGUGUUCGGCCUGGAGGCGCACCGCUGGCUCUCUGCUACAGGUGUCUCAGACGAGAGCAGUCGUAUCUGUCAGUAUCGUCUCCUCUUCAGUAAUCUUCCACGAGUGAAUCAGGCGACACUACGAGCGCUAGUCAAUCAUUUAUACUGUGUUCAGCGGUUUGCGGAUCUGAAUCAGAUGAAUCUUCAUAAUCUGGCCAUCGUGUUUGGGCCGACGCUCUUCCAGGCGGACGGGAAGGAUUACAGCGCCGGCCGGGUCAUCGAGGACCUUAUCCAACACUACGUCACCAUAUUCAACGAUAACAGAGUCGAGGAUAACAGAGUUGAGGAUAACAGAGUCCAGGAUAACAAGAAUCGAGGGUAA